UGCUCUGGGCUGAGGCAGUUGAGGACGAGCUGAGGCGGUUGAGGAAAACCUGAAGGGGACCUGGGGCAGUUGAAGGUGACCUGAGGCGGCUGAGGAAGAACUGAAGAAGAGCUGGGGUGGCUGAGGAGGAGCUGAGGCACCUGAGGAAAGGCUCAGGCAGCAAAGGAAGAGCUGAGGCAGAACUGAGGAAUCUGAGGCCUAAAAAUUCAUCUUAUCAGCGUGUGUGGCCUCCAGCCCCUUCAGACAGCAGGUGCCUCGCCCCCUGCCCCCGCCUCACAGGUGUCUGCCAUUCCCUGGCAGGAGACCCCUGAGGGAACACCUUCAGGAGGCAGCCCAUGGGAAGCUCACCACAGCGUCACUUUGGGACAGCCUGAGGAGAAACUUCUUCCAGAGACACCACUGCUGGUGUCACACUGCACUGGUGACAUCUGGGAGAUAUUUGGCUGCCACCAAGGACUGUGUGGCACCGGCAGCCGUUCCAGGAGUCCUGGGAAAGCAGCUCUGUGUCUCUGCUCCUGCAUCAGCAAUGGAUGCACUGGGCCACAGCUUGGCCACGCUCUGAACAUUUGCUGUACUGCACUCCAGAUGGGGCUGCCUUUCACAGACAGGGCAAAGAGACUUCACCAAGUGAAGGGAGGCCAUCAAAUUCACACUGUCUUCAUCUGAGACCACCUCCAAAACAAAGAACCUGACUUCUUGCUUUGUACACUGGAAUGGACCUUGAAGCCUGUGACUUCUCAGUGCAAGAAUGAAGUGAAUUUAGAGCUAAAAACGAGGCAAGAAACCAGGCCUUGAAAUCUCCGAAAGGUAGGAGAGACUUCAGACUGCAAUGGGCAGUUACUGGCAUUGCUGUAGAGACAUCCUGAACGACGUGUUGGAAAAGGAAGUGCACAGGACAGUCUUUCUGCAUUGUGAACAUGUGUGAGACCCCCAUGCAAAGCUGUGCUCUGUUCUGACUCCAAGUCUCCUCAGACAUGGCCGAGGAAAAUGCACCUGAAAGAACUAUAUGCACUGACGCAGCCUCAGGAAAACCCACAAUGGCUGCCAAGCGCAAAGGCGGCCUGAAGCUAAAUGCCAUCUGUGCCAAGCUGAGCCGCCAGGUCGUCUUCGACCACGGGGGAGCCGAGCAGGCACGCGCCGACAAGGGGCCGCAGCGGGACAGCGGCAACAAGGACCUGCCUCAGCCCGGCACCAAGGAGCUGGGGACAGAGUUCUCAGAUGGACUCAGCCGCGUGCAGAAGAUCGAGGAGGACAAAAGGAGGGAGGUGAUUGAGAAGUGGGUGAAUGGGGAGUACAACGAGGAGCCCUUGCUGGGGCGAGUGGAGGGCAAGGAAUGUAAGGGCGCCGAGAGCGCGGAGGUGCCCCCAGAAGGGGUUUACAUGGUGCAGCCCAAGGGCUGCAGCGACGAGGAAGAUAAUGGGGACGAGGCAGACGCUCUGAGGAGCUCGCAGGAUGGCAACUUCUUGGAUGACAGGGAUUCAGACGGGCCAGCCUUGAAGGAUGAUGCCUACCGGUCCUCCAGUGGCGAGCCAGGCUCCAAGCUGGGGGCAGGAACCACCUCAGGGGAAGCGUCGUCGCUGCAGGAUUACGCCGCCACCACCAUGAACGAGUUCCUGGGCAUGUUCGGCUACGACGACCAGAACAUGCGGGACGAGCUGGCCCGCAAGAUCAGCUUUGACAAGCUGAACGCCGCUACCUCAGAGGCCGCCGCCGCCGCCGCGCUGCCCGGCGAGGACGCCAUGAGCAAACGCGCCCGCUUCUCCAAGUACGAGGAGUACAUCCGCAAGCUGAAGGCCGGGGAGCAGCUCUCGUGGCCCAUGCACUUGGCCAAGUCCGAGGAGCUGGGCCCCAAGCUGGGCAAAGAACCUUCCUCGGUGCUGGCGCAGCCCAUUCGGGUGCCAGGUCCAGACGCCUCCCUGCUGACGGAGACCAAAGCCACCAUCCUGCCGCUGCCCUCUCCCAGCAGCUCCCAGAUGCAGGGCCUGAUGUCACGGGCCUCCAAGUACGACUUCUUCAUUCAGAAGCUGAAGACGGGUGAGAGCAUCAGGCCACAAAACGGCAACACGUACAAGAAGGCCUCCAAGUAUGACCUAGAAAACGUCAAGUACUUGCACCUUUUCAAGCCUGGAGAAGGAAGCCCAGAUAUGGGAGGAGCCAUCGCCUUCAAGACGGGCAAGGUAGGCCGGCCUUCCAAGUAUGAUGUGAGGAACAUUCAGAAACUCACUCCAGUAAAAGCUCCAGCUCCCAGCCUGGCCCCUGCUCCCCUCGCCAGCACCCCCAGCAGCACUCCCGUGGCCGGGCCAGAGCAGUCCGUCUCAUUGCCAUUCAACACUCCUGAGUACCUGAAAUCAACCUUCUCCAAGACAGACUCCAUCACAACUGGAACAGUCUCUACAGUAAAGAAUGGAUUACCCACUGACAAACCAGCCGUCAGCGAAGAUGUAAAUAUUUACCAGAAGUAUAUUGCCAGGUUCUCGGGCAGCCAGCACUGUGGGCACAUACACUGUGCAUACCAGUACAGAGAACAUUACCACUGCCUCGACCCCGAGUGCAACUACCAGAGAUUCACCAGUAAGCAGGAUGUGAUCCGGCAUUACAACAUGCACAAGAAGCGGGAUAACUCCCUGCAGCACGGCUUCAUGCGCUUCAGCCCCCUGGACGACUGCAGCGUGUACUACCACGGCUGCCACCUCAACGGCAAGAGCACACACUACCACUGCAUGCAGGUGGGCUGUAACAAGGUCUACACGAGCACCUCUGAUGUGAUGACCCACGAGAACUUCCACAAGAAGAACACUCAGCUCAUCAACGACGGGUUCCAGCGGUUCCGCGCCACGGAGGACUGUGGCACUGUGGAGUGCCAGUUCUAUGGGCAGAAAACCACUCACUUUCACUGCAGGAGACCUGGGUGCACGUUCACCUUCAAGAACAAGUGUGACAUUGAGAAGCACAAGAGCUACCACAUCAAAGAUGAUGCCUAUGCCAAGGAUGGCUUCAAGAAGUUCUACAAGUACGAGGAAUGCAAGUAUGAGGGCUGUGUCUACAGCAAGGCCACCAACCACUUCCACUGCAUCAGGGCAGGCUGUGGCUUCACCUUCACCUCCACCAGCCAGAUGACCUCCCACAAACGCAAACACGAGCGCCGGCACAUCCGGAGCUCGGGAGUGCUGGGCCUGCCUGCCUCUCUCCUGGGCUCCAAGGACAACGAGCAGGAGGAGUCCAGUAACGAUGACCUCAUUGACUUCUCUGCCAUGAGCUCCAAGAACUCCAGCCUGAGUGCCUCCCCGACCAGCCAACAGUCUUCCGUGUCUCUCAUCGUCCCGGCCGCGCCCUCCUCUGCGGCCGAGCUCGCUUCCUCACAGGCCACCAAGGCUGCCAACAGCAUGACACCAGCCACCAAGAUCUCUGGCCUGCUCUCCCAGGCUCUUCCCAGCAAUAUACCCUUGGCCCUGGCACUCUCCAACUCAGCACUUCCUGGGACAGCUGGAUCCUUCUUCCCCAUCAUCCCCAGUCGGGUCUCUACACCACUGCCUGCCAGCUCGGCUAAUCUGAUGACUGCUGGUUCUUCUGGCGCCAAUCCAACAUCAUCUGCUCCUACAGAUUCCUCAUCCCAGGCAGUCUCAGGAUCUGGUGAGCCAGCAGCUACUUCCUCUCCAGCUCCAGCAGCAUCUAUAAUGGAAAGGAUCUCUGCUAGCAAGGGAUUAAUCUCUCCUAUGAUGGCCAGGCUGGCAGCAGCUGCACUCAAGCCCUCUGUGGCACUUGAAGCAGGGAAUGGACAACCAGCAGCUCCCGGACGGUUCAAUCCAGUCCAGGUGAAGCAGGAACCUGCGGAGGCCAUGGGAUCAUCAUCUGCCACCAGUCAGGACUCCCUGCAGGAGCACAGCUUGGACCUGAGCGUCAAGGAUCACGGUAAUGAAUCAAAUGGCCACACAGUCUCGGCAAAUUCAUCUCUUUUAUCCUCGCUUAUGAAUAAGAUGUCCAAGACCAGUGCCAGCCUUGGCAACCUGCUGAACAUUAAGACAGAAGGUGAUGGCAGCCAGGCUGGGACUGGGGAACCAACCCAGUACUUGGGCAAGGCAGUGAAGGCCCUUGUCCAGGAGAAGCUCUCUGAGCCGUGGAAGAUGUACCUGCGCCGGUUUGGCACCAAGGAUUUCUGCGAUGCCCAGUGUGACUUCCUGCACAAGGUGCAUUUCCACUGCGUGGUGGAGGAAUGUGGGGCCCUGUUCAGCACCCUGGAUGGAGCCAUCAAACAUGCCAAUUUUCACUUCCGAACUGAGGGUGGAACUGUGAAAAGUAACUCUGAGUCUCCCUUCUCAACCACUACUGAGAGUAAAGCUUCACUGGCCCCUUCAUCACCAUCUGCUACUUCUGCCACCAUGGCAAGUGCUCCUGCCCUCGACGUGCCCACUCCAAGUCCAGCUACUGUGCCCUCUGCCCCCACACUGCUGGCUUGGAAGCAGCUGGCUUCCACUAUACCCCAGAUGCCUCAGAUCCCAGCAUCAGUGCCUAACCUGGCAGCUUCACCCUUGGCAACGACUUCCCUGGAGAACGCCAAGCCUCAGGUCAAACCCGGAUUUCUCCAGUUCCAGGAGAAUGAUCCCUGCCUGGCAACAGACUGCAAGUACGCCAACAAAUUCCACUUCCACUGUCUCUUUGGGAACUGCAAGUAUGUGUGCAAAACCUCUGGCAAAGCAGAAUCCCACUGCCUGGACCACAUCAACCCCAACAACAACCUGGUGAACGUGCGAGACCAGUUUGCUUAUUACUCCCUGCAGUGUCUCUGUCCCAACCAGCACUGUGAAUUCCGGAUGCGAGGGCAUUACCACUGUCUGCGUCCUGGCUGCUACUUCGUGACAAACAUCACCACCAAGCUGCCCUGGCACGUGAAGAAACAUGAGAAGGCAGAGAGGAGGGCAGCCAACGGCUUCAAGUAUUUUACCAAGAGGGAAGAAUGUGGCAGAUUGGGUUGCAAAUACAACCAGGUGAACAGUCACUUCCACUGCAUCCGAGAGGGCUGCCAGUUCUCCUUCCUGCUCAAGCACCAAAUGACAUCCCACGCCAGAAAGCACAUGAGGAGGAUGCUGGGGAAGAACUUCGAUCGUGUUCCCACUCAGGUUAUUGGCCACACUCCAAGAAAUGAGAAUCUCCCCCAGGUUGGCAGCAUGGCACCCAGCCCAGCCUCAUCAGGAACCCCAGCUUCCUUCCAGGGACCCCCCAGCAUGAUGGACACGGAAACAGAUGAGUACAUGGAUUACACUGGCUGUAGCCCUGGGGGGAUCUCCUCAGAAUCUUCCAACAUGGACCGCAGCUGCUCCAGCACUCCAGUGGGCAACGAAAGUACAUCAGCAGGCUGCCUGGUUCCUUCUACUGCUACUGCUGCUGCCGACGAUGCCCACACUGCACCACAACCUCCACCACCAUCUCUGCCUCCAUCUUUCUCACAAGCCCUGCUUAGGUCUCCCCUCCCCACCCUGCCCUAUCUCUUCUCUCCAUCUUGUCUCUCGUACUCCCUGCUCAGUGCCACUCUGGGAGCCAGCAGAGGCAUUGUCAUGCCUGCCGCCAGCACCGCUGGGUUCUCGCCCAUCAUUGCCACUCCAACUCCAGUAAAAAGUGACGUUCCCUUAGUGCAGGAUGCAGCAGGGAACACCAUCACUAUGCCAACUGCCUCGGGGGCCAAAAAGCGCUUCUGGAUCAUCGAGGACAUGUCCCCGUUUGGGAAGCGCCGCAAGACCGCGUCCUCCCGCAAGAUGCUGGAUGAGGGGAUGAUGCUGGAGGGAUUCCGGCGCUACGACCUCUACGAGGACUGCAAGGACUCCAGCUGCCAGUUCUCCCUCAAGGUGACCCACUACCACUGCACGCGGGAGAACUGCGGCUACAAGUUCUGCGGCCGCACCCACAUGUACAAGCACGCGCAGCACCACGACCGCGUCGACAACCUGGUGUUGGAUGAUUUCAAACGCUUCAAGUCUUCGCUGAGUUGUAACUUCCCAGACUGUCAGUUCUCUGGCAAUAGCACACACUUCCACUGUCUGCGCUGCGGCUUCCGCUGCACUGACAGCACCAAGGUGACAGCCCACCGCAAGCACCACGGCAAGCAGGACGUCAUCAGCGCCGCGGGCUUCUGCCAGUUCAGCUCCAGCGUGGACUGCGAGGUGCCCGACUGCAAGUACAAACUCAAGUGCUCCCACUUCCACUGCACCUACCCUGGCUGCAAACACACGGUGGUGGGUAUGUCACAGAUGGACUCGCACAAGCGCAAGCACGAGAAGCAGGAGCGAGGGGAGCUGCCUGCCAUCUCCCCUGGCCCCGAGGGCCUCGCCCACUCCACCCUCGAGUAUGACAUCCAGAACUCUUCCAUCAACCUGGACAGCUCCCUCAACCUCAGCACUGACAACAACAGCUCCCUCUUCUUCCUGCAGAACGCGGCCGGCGUGGGCCUCAACGACUCCCUGGACCUCAGCAAGAAACAGGCAGAGGCCACCGAGGGCCCGUCCCCGAGCAGAGCUGGGACCGCGGCCCAGGAGAGGGGCCCGGGGGCAUCGGGCUCUGGUGAUGUGGAGGACGAGGAUGACUCUUCCCAAGAGGAUGAAGAGGAUGACGAGGAGGAGAUGAAUGAAGAAGAGGAGGAUGACGAAGAGGAGGAUGAUGAUGAUGACGACGAGGAGGACGAUGAAGAGGAAGACCUGAACACGGAUUCUGAAGAAUCGCUGCCUGACCCUGAAGGCCUGGCCACUAAAGAAGAUGGAGAACCAGAGGAGGCUGCUUCUUCCACAGACCAUGGUGAUGCUUCCAGGCCACAGGGCGAGCCAGCCCUCACUCCAGCCCCAGCUCCUGCUCCUGCUCCUGCUCCUGCUCCAGCUGCUGCCCCAGCCUCCACCGCUGCUCCAGCAGCUUCUCCUUAAUCCAAGAGACAACGACGGCAGUGGUUUGGUUUUGCUCUUACACAGAAUUACUAAGAGGACCCUAUGUGAGGCGAGAACAAAGAUUGGGAUGGCAAAUGAAAAACAAACUCCGUGCCACACACACGAGAGAGAGGAAGGAAGGAAACCCCUGCUCCUCCCCAGGUCCCAUAAGAGAUCGGUUUGCAGCAGGACUGGUGCUGCCUCAUCCAUUCUACAGAUCCCGGAACAGGGGGCAGGAUGCAGCAAAAAAUACCCUUUAUAUGGACAUGAACCUUGAGGGUACCUGCUGCUCUUCCCUGCUCCCUGCAUGGUGCGUGGGGCCUGUGCCCAUCUGGGGACCCUUUGUUAUGGGUGGGGCUCUAUCCCCCCAAUUUUCUUUCUGGGUUUUAUUUUUCCAUGUUUUCAGUUGUACGAUAAUAAUAAUAAUCUCCACUUCUUGGAGGGGGGUGGGUGGGAACAACAGGUAAUGAAUUUUAGAGAUAUAUAUUUGUGUGUGUGUCUCUCUAUAUAUAAUGUACGCACACACACACAUAUAUAAAAUUCAAGGAAUUGGUGUCACAGAGACAAGUAGCUCAGCUUUUGCCGGUGGGAAGGAGGGGUGAGGGGUGUGCUCUCUCUCCACCCCUCCCCCUUCUUUCUCCAGCAUUAAAUGAAUGGCAUCAGACAGCCAGGGUGGGAGUGGGUAUUUAUUGUCACAUAAAUGAGGACGCAUUAAUGAACGAGCAGGGGUGGGAACGGGACACUCCUCUGUUCUUCCAGAUCCUUUUUACUGUUAAUGAUAAUAAUUUUGAAUGCUAUUUAUAUUGUAAAACUUUCUCAGUCUACACUUUCUCUGUAGGACACCUCUCCUCAUCCCUGCUGCUCUGCCUGUAGGGAUUUAGCUGAAGUAACCUGGGAAGAACACAGCGGGCAGUCACAGGGUCUGUCACACUGGAGGACUGGGGUUAAUCCGCCAUCCAGUUCCAUCUCAUCCCAACCCCCAGGUGCUUCCUCUCUGCUGAGGGUGAGGCGUUUUUGUGGUGCUUCAGUAUCCCCAUCUCAGGAGGUUGUGAGCUGCCCUGUCCCACAGGGAGCACCGUGCUCAGAGGAGCGUCCGGGCUCUGCCCCGAGCGCUGGCACCAGGACAGGAAUGUCCCGUGCCCAGCCCUGUCCCCAGCCUGGCACCAGGACAGGACAGACACGGAGCCCUGGUGACUCUGGGAGAGGCCAAGGCAGCGCUGCCGAGGCAGGAGGAGGCAGGACAGGCCCGGGAUCCGCGGUGGGUGUCCUGCUCGGCCCUGGGGCAGGAGGGGACGCGCCUUUCCUAACCUGGUCUGGGAACACACACUACAGGACACUGUCCCAGACUCCAGCAGCAGGUGAACCAGUGGCUGUUUGACCCCAAAUCCUUGCCUGAGCCUGAGAGGGCUUGUCCACACACCAGGGCUCCAGAAGGACUAGUAUGGAUUAAUUCUGAUAAUAGUUAUUUCGGUGCCAGUUUUAAGUAUACCAGCCUAGUCUGAGCUUUGUCCCUUUUUAAAAAAAAAAAAAACCUAAUUAUUUUUUUCUCAUACCAUGCAGGCGCCCUCUCCCCUCCUCAGCUCUACGAGCCCUUCAGCUCCAAGGGAUCCCCGGGAUUUGUUUUCACUCUGAACAGAUAAAGGCCUCAAGAAGUUUAGGUUGCGUUGGUUUUUUGUUUGGUUUUUUUUUUUUAAUUAUUUCCCUAAGGAACUGGUGCAGAUCAGGUCUGAUUUAUAAACAAGCAGCUCAGCUGUGUAAAUGUGGGGACAGAAUGUUCAGAUAAUGUUUCAAAAGGAAAGGCAAAAAAAAAAAAAAAAGUUGUACAGUAUUUUUCCUGUAAAGGUUAUUACUAUAUAUAGAACAAAAGAGAAACCACCAAUGCCAGGGGGACGAGGGGGGGUCACCUGCCUUCUGGAUAGCCCUUAGAUAUGGUUAAUUGUGUGCAAUUUUUUUUUUCUCCUUUUUUUUUUUUUUUUUAUUUUUUUCUCUCUCCUUCGAUGUAGUGUUUGUUUGUAGGGGGUGGCAGGGGAGGGGGGGCCUUAACGCUGCGGUUUGAGGCUGACUUGACACUCCCAGCACUGACCGGAGCUGCACGGUUCCGAAUUCUAACUUGAAUUUUGUAGAGAUGAAACAAAUGAAAAAAAAAAAAAGAAAAAACAAAAACAAAUGAAAUAUUGUUAUUACUAGUUUGUAGUUUAUUUAAUUCUUUGGAGUUCUUUUCCUCUAUCAGCUAUUUGUGUGGCUUUUAUUUUUAUAGGGGUUUUUUUGUUUGUUUGUUUGUUUUUGUUUUGUUUGGUAUAUCCCCUGCCCUCAGCUGUGUGUUUCCUAGCACAACCUGAUUCCUGAAUAGAAUGAAGCUCAUGUUCCUGGGGCAGAGUGAUGGAAUGAUGCCCUGGAAUUUCUCAAAAUGGGAUGGGGCAGACAAAUAUUUAACUUUACCAGCAUUUGCUGCAGGUUCUGUACAUUUUCCCCAUGUCCAAUACUUAGAUAGGAUGGUGAUGGGCUCCAGGAGGAAUCCUUGGAUGUAACACAAAGCCACAUCUGGCAAAGCAGAUGUGGUGAUUUUGUACCACUGAAACACAGGAUGUCUGUCAGUGACUGUGGGAGCAGCACUGAGCCCUGCCCGGUGCCAGGGCCAGCACAGGGCUCCCUUGGGCCACCCUGUCCCUGGGGACAGACGGGCCCUGUCCCUGCUGCCCGGAGCUGGGAACCUGCACUGGGACACAGCGUUUCGUAUCUCACCAGACUCCAGGAGUCACUGCACAGCAGUGGGGAAAGCAGGAAAGCAGAAGUGUGUGGAGAGAGGGGGUGACCUGUCCAGCAGCUCUGCCUGGCGCUGGCCGGGACACAUCCCGGGGGCAGGAGCGGGCCGGGAUCCGCCGGGAUGGGCCCCGUGUCACACGUCCUUCUGUGGGGCCCAACGUGCUAGAAGGGCCUGUGUUUAUCUAUGCACACCAUUUUCUCCCCCAAGGCGCCCUUACUUCUCCCUGACAUCUCGGCCCUUCUCCCAAAGUUCUAUCCCCCCUUCUCCGGGAGCUGGCACAGGGAACAAGAGUUCUUUCCCCCCAGGCUGCUGCUCCAGGUGACCCCUGGGCAGGGUCAGGUGCCCUGGCAGGACAGUGGCCACCGGCCGGGCCGGCCCCAGAGCAUCCUCCUCCUGCUCCUGUAACUCUUACACUGUCUCUGUUCGCAACAACAACAACAACAAGUCAACAAGGUUAAACCCGACUUUUUAUUCUGCCAUGUCCAGGCUUUAAUUCAGCAAAACCCUUAAGCAGAUGACUCUGAGCAGGCCCAGGUUUAAGCCUGAGCUUAAGUGCUUUUCUGACCCAGGGCCUCAGCAGCCCAAGGACCCGUCAGAGCAGGCGUUGGUCACUCCAAGCUCUCGUAUCAGUGGGACUGUCAGUGCUGUUGAAAUUAUGUGCUUAAAGAAUGACCAGAGAAAGAGAGGGAGAUUCAACUGACUCUGUGAGGAGGGGAAAGAGGAGAGAGGAAACGGAACUGUUCUGUCCAAAACAAGAUAAAAAAACCAAACAAAAUAAACCUUGAGAUGGACCCUCCUGAUUCUGCUACCAUUCACUGCUGAAGAGCAAAAAAAAAAAAAAAGAAACAAAAA